ACUGCGGGGUGUGCGGCGGCCCAAGCGGUUUCAAACGGCUUAGAGCAGGCCCCUCGGUUCUGACCCGGCGGAGACCCAGAAUCAGCCAUUUCUCCAAGGAGCCUUGGUUCCUGUCAUUGGACAGUGAUUUAUAGAAACCAACAUCUGGGUGCUCCAUGUGCUCAUUGCUGGGGUGUCAUUAUUCCUAGACCCUCUCAAUGGACAGAGCUAGGAAUUACUCUUAAUUCUGAGGAGAAACUGGAAGCACAAUGGGAGAUGACAGUGAGUGGAUGAAACUGCCGGUUGAUCAGAAAUGUGAACACAAGCUCUGGAAAGCAAGGUUAAGUGGAUAUGAAGAAGCCCUGAAGAUCUUCCAGAAAAUAAAGGAUGAAAAGAGCCCAGAAUGGUCCAAAUUUUUAGGACUGAUCAAAAAAUUUGUGACUGAUUCCAAUGCAGUGGUUCAGCUGAAAGGGUUAGAAGCUGCACUUGUGUAUGUUGAAAAUGCCCAUGUAGCAGGAAAAACCACAGGAGAAGUUGUGUCAGGUGUCGUAAGUAAAGUGUUCAACCAGCCCAAAGCCAAAGCCAAGGAGCUAGGCAUUGAGAUUUGUCUGAUGUACAUAGAGAUUGAGAAAGGAGAGGCUGUGCAAGAAGAGCUCCUAAAAGGCCUGGACAACAAGAACCCCAAGAUUGUAGUGGCCUGCAUAGAGACACUGAGGAAAGCCUUAAGUGAAUUUGGUUCCAAAAUCAUCUUGCUUAAGCCAAUUAUCAAAGUGUUGCCAAAACUCUUUGAGUCUCGAGAAAAGGCUGUUCGAGAUGAAGCAAAACUAAUUGCUGUGGAGAUUUACAGAUGGAUUCGGGACGCUCUGAGACCCCCAUUACAAAAUAUAAACUCUGUCCAGUUGAAAGAACUAGAAGAAGAAUGGGUCAAAUUGCCAACAGGUGCUCCUAAACCAAGUCGAUUUCUGCGUUCCCAGCAAGAACUAGAAGCGAAAUUGGAACAGCAACAGUCUGCUGGUGGUGAUGCUGAGGGAGGUGGUGAUGAUGGUGAUGAGGUGCCACAGAUAGAUGCUUAUGAGCUAUUGGAGGCAGUAGAAAUUCUUUCCAAACUUCCCAAAGACUUUUAUGAUAAAAUUGAGGCAAAAAAAUGGCAAGAGAGAAAAGAAGCCCUGGAGGCUGUAGAAGUACUAGUGAAAAACCCCAAACUGGAAGCAGGCGAUUAUGCAGAUUUAGUAAAAGCAUUAAAGAAGGUUGUUGGAAAGGACACCAAUGUCAUGUUGGUGGCUUUGGCAGCAAAAUGUCUUACUGGCCUAGCUGUUGGACUAAGGAAGAAAUUUGGACAAUAUGCAGGACAUGUUGUGCCAACCAUUUUGGAAAAAUUCAAAGAGAAGAAGCCUCAGGUGGUGCAAGCCCUGCAGGAGGCAAUUGAUGCAAUCUUCCUUACUACCACACUACAGAACAUCAGUGAGGAUGUUUUAGCAGUAAUGGAUAAUAAAAAUCCAACCAUCAAGCAGCAGACAUCUCUUUUCAUUGCCAGAAGCUUCCGCCACUGCACUGCUUCUACCCUCCCAAAGAGCUUGCUAAAGCCCUUUUGUGCUGCUCUACUUAAGCACAUCAAUGAUUCUGCUCCUGAAGUCAGAGAUGCUGCAUUUGAAGCACUGGGCACUGCUUUGAAAGUGGUGGGUGAGAAAGCAGUAAAUCCAUUCUUAGCUGAUGUGGACAAACUCAAGCUUGAUAAGAUCAAAGAAUGUUCAGAAAAAGUAGAGCUCGUACAUGGUAAGAAAGCUGGACUUGGAGCAGACAAGAAGGAAUUCAAGCCUGCUCCUGGAAGGACUGCUGCCUCGGGGGCUGCAGGAGAUAAGGACACAAAGGACAUUUCAGCACCCAAACCAGGACCCUCAAAAAAGGCACCUGCUACUAAGGCUGGUGGGCCACCUAAGAAGGGGAAGCCAGCUGCGUCAGGAGGUGCAGGGGGCACUGGAACCAAGAAUAAGAAAGGACUGGAAACCAAAGAAAUCGUGGAGCCUGAGCUUUCGAUAGAAGUAUGUGAAGAAAAAGCUUCAGCUGUCCUUCCUGCUACCUGUAUACAGCUUCUAGAUAGCAGUAACUGGAAGGAAAGGCUGGCUUGUAUGGAGGAGUUCCAGAAGGCUGUUGAACUAAUGGAUCGAACUGAAAUGCCAUGCCAGGCAUUAGUGAGGAUGCUGGCCAAGAAACCUGGAUGGAAGGAAACCAAUUUUCAGGUGAUGCAGAUGAAGCUUCACAUAGUUGCUUUGAUUGCCCAGAAAGGGAAUUUUUCCAAAACUUCAGCUCAGAUUGUCUUGGAUGGCCUUGUGGACAAGAUUGGAGAUGUAAAGUGUGGGAACAAUGCAAAAGAAGCUAUGACAGCAAUAGCCGAAGCUUGCAUGUUACCGUGGACAGCUGAACAGGUUAUGUCAAUGGCGUUCUCACAGAAGAAUCCCAAGAAUCAAUCAGAAACUCUGAAUUGGCUAUCAAAUGCAAUAAAAGAAUUUGGUUUUUCUGGGCUGAAUGUGAAAGCUUUCAUUAGCAAUGUGAAGACAGCUCUUGCUGCAACAAACCCAGCUGUGAGGACUUCCGCCAUCACCCUACUUGGUGUGAUGUAUCUGUAUGUUGGCCCCUCUUUGCGAAUGUUCUUUGAAGAUGAGAAGCCUGCCCUCCUAUCCCAGAUAGAUGCAGAAUUUGAGAAGAUGCAGGGACAGAGCCCACCUGCUCCAACCAGAGGGAUUUCCAAACACAGCAUAAGUGGUACAGAUGAAGGAGAAGAUGGAGACGAACCAGAUGAGGGGGGCAAUGAUGUUGUGGAUCUUUUGCCGAGGACAGAAAUCAGUGAUAAAAUCACCUCAGAGUUGGUGUCUAAGAUUGGUGACAAGAAUUGGAAGAUCAGGAAAGAAGGUCUAGAUGAAGUGGCAGGUAUUAUCAAUGAAGCCAAAUUUAUCCAACCGAAUAUAGGUGAACUGCCAACUGCCUUGAAGGGUCGACUCAAUGAUUCAAAUAAAAUCUUGGUGCAACAAACAUUGAAUAUCCUCCAGCAGCUGGCCGUAGCAAUGGGCCCAAAUAUCAAGCAACAUGUGAAGAACUUAGGCAUCCCUAUCAUCACAGUCCUUGGAGACAGCAAGAACAAUGUUCGGGCGGCUGCCCUAGCGACUGUGAAUGCUUGGGCAGAACAGACAGGCAUGAAGGAAUGGCUGGAGGGAGAAGAUCUUUCUGAAGAACUCAAAAAGGAAAAUCCUUUCUUGAGGCAAGAGCUUCUGGGCUGGUUGGCUGAGAAACUGCCGAGUCUUCGUUCCACCCCCACAGACCUCAUCCUUUGUGUUCCUCAUCUCUACUCCUGCCUGGAGGACCGUAAUGGAGAUGUGCGGAAGAAGGCCCAAGAUGCCUUGCCAUUCUUCAUGAUGCACUUGGGAUAUGAGAAAAUGGCCAAGGCCACUGGGAAACUAAAGCCAACUUCUAAAGAUCAGGUACUGGCCAUGCUAGAGAAAGCCAAAGCUAACAUGCCAGCCAAGCCUGCUGCAUCUGCUAAAGCAGCUUCCAAACCGAUGGGAGGGUCAGCUCCAGCCAAAUUCCAGCCUGCUUCAGCACCUGUUGAAGAUUCUGUUUCCAGCACUGUAGAACCCAAGCCUGAUCCAAAAAAGGCCAAAGCGCUAGGAGUUUCCUCUAAAGCAAAGAGUGCACAAGGAAAGAAAGUGCCCAGCAAAACCAGCUUAAAGGAAGAUGAAGACAAAUCUGGUCCUAUCUUCAUUGUUGUUCCAAAUGGAAAGGAGCAAAGAAUGAAAGAUGAAAAAGGAUUAAAGGUGCUGAAGUGGAAUUUUACUACUCCACGGGAUGAAUACAUUGAGCAACUAAAGACUCAGAUGUCUAGCUGCGUGGCUAAGUGGCUACAAGAUGAGAUGUUUCACUCAGACUUUCAGCAUCAUAACAAAGCCCUUGCUGUCAUGGUUGAUCACUUGGAGAGUGAAAAAGAGGGUGUAAUUGGUUGCCUGGAUCUCAUCUUAAAGUGGCUUACCCUGCGGUUUUUUGACACCAAUACAAGCGUCCUAAUGAAAGCCCUAGAAUAUUUAAAAUUGCUCUUCACACUGCUAAGUGAGGAGGAAUAUCAUCUGACUGAGAACGAAGCAUCUUCCUUCAUCCCUUAUCUCAUCCUCAAGGUUGGAGAACCAAAGGAUGUCAUUCGUAAAGAUGUCCGUGCCAUCCUGAACCGGAUGUGCCUUGUCUACCCAGCCAGCAAGAUGUUCCCCUUCAUCAUGGAAGGAACCAAAUCCAAAAACUCUAAGCAAAGAGCAGAGUGCCUGGAAGAACUGGGGUGUCUGGUCGAGUCCUAUGGCAUGAAUGUUUGCCAACCAACCCCAGGGAAAGCCUUAAAGGAGAUAGCAAUUCACAUCGGAGACCGUGACAAUGCUGUGCGCAAUGCUGCCCUCAAUACCAUCGUCACCGUGUACAAUGUACACGGGGAUCAGGUGUUCAAACUGAUUGGAACUCUUUCUGAAAAGGAUAUGAGCAUGCUCGAGGAGAGGAUUAAGCGGUCAGCAAAGAGGCCUUCUGCUGCACCAAUAAAACAGGUGGAAGAGAGACCUCAGCGCACACAGAGCAUAAACUCCAAUGCCAACAUGCUGCGCAAGGGACCAGCUGAGGACAUGUCCUCCAAACUCAACCAAGCCCGAAGCAUGAGUGGGCAUCCUGAGGCAGCCCAGAUGGUUCGCCGAGAAUUCCAGCUGGAUCUAGAUGAGAUUGAGAAUGACAAUGGUACAGUUCGAUGUGAAAUGCCAGAGCUUGUUCAGCACAAACUGGAUGACAUUUUUGAACCCGUCCUUAUUCCUGAACCCAAAAUCCGGGCUGUUUCUCCACACUUUGAUGACAUGCACAGUAAUACAGCAUCCACAAUCAAUUUCAUUAUCUCCCAAGUAGCCAGUGGUGACAUCAACACGAGCAUCCAAGCUCUGACACAGAUCGAUGAGGUCCUGAGACAGGAAGACAAAGCUGAAGCUAUGUCUGGCCAUAUUGAUCAGUUUCUGAUAGCCACGUUCAUGCAGCUAAGACUCAUCUACAACACACAUAUGGCAGAUGAGAAAUUGGAGAAAGAUGAGAUCAUCAAGCUUUAUAGCUGUAUCAUUGGCAACAUGAUUUCGCUGUUUCAGAUAGAAAGCCUUGCCCGGGAGGCCUCCACUGGAGUACUGAAAGACCUGAUGCAUGGCCUCAUCACCUUAAUGCUGGACUCUAGGAUUGAAGAUCUAGAGGAAGGACAACAGGUGAUCCGCUCUGUGAACCUCUUGGUGGUGAAGGUUCUGGAGAAGUCAGACCAGACCAACAUCCUGAGUGCCCUACUUGUUUUGCUCCAAGACAGCCUGCUAGCAACAGCCAGUUCUCCCAAAUUCUCAGAGCUUGUUAUGAAGUGUCUCUGGAGAAUGGUUCGACUCUUGCCUGAUACCAUCAACAGCAUUAAUCUGGACAGAAUUCUUCUGGACAUACAUAUUUUCAUGAAGGUCUUCCCCAAAGAGAAACUGAAGCAAUGCAAAAGUGAAUUUCCCAUAAGGACCCUAAAGACGCUGCUGCACACUUUAUGCAAAUUAAAAGGGCCCAAGAUCCUAGACCACCUAACAAUGAUUGACAACAAGAACGAAUCUGAGCUGGAGGCCCACCUCUGCCGAAUGAUGAAGCACAGCAUGGACCAGACCGGGAGCAAGUCUGAUAAGGAAACAGAAAAGGGAGCAUCUCGAAUAGAUGAAAAAUCAUCAAAGGCCAAAGUGAAUGAUUUCUUGGCUGAGAUUUUUAAGAAGAUUGGCUCUAAAGAGAACACCAAAGAGGGCCUAGCAGAGUUAUAUGAAUAUAAGAAGAAAUAUUCAGAUGCUGACAUUGAACCAUUUCUGAAAAAUUCCUCCCAGUUCUUCCAGAGCUAUGUUGAAAGAGGCCUUCGGGUGAUUGAGAUGGAGAGAGAAGGCAAAGGCCGUAUUCCCUCAUCAACAGGCAUCUCCCCUCAGACGGAGGUCACGUGUAUGUCUGCUCCCACAAGCACAGUGUCCUCCAUUGGUAACACAAACGGAGAGGAGGUGGGACCGUCGGUCUACCUGGAAAGACUCAAAAUCCUCCGACAGCGGUGUGGUCUGGACAAUACAAAGUGUCUCCCCUUGUCUCCACAGCAAGAUGACCGACCUCCGCUGACCUCUCUGCUCUCCAAACCAGCAGUUCCCACGGUUGCCUCUUCCACAGACAUGCUGCACAGCAAACUCUCUCAGCUCCGGGAGUCCCGGGAGCAGCACCAGCACUUGGACCUGGAUUCUCACCAGACUCACUCUUCAGGAACCACGACCACGUCCUCGUCCUCCACGGCUAACAUUGACGACUUGAAAAAGAGACUGGAGAGAAUAAAGAGCAGUCGCAAGUGAAGCCGCCCCAGCCCCCGGCACCCCGCAGCUUCAGUUCACUAAACUCGGAGUCCUCCUAGUCGAAGGGCCUCGGCAGGCCUAGCACACAGACUGGCCGGCUGCACACACCGCGGGUCCGGGAGGAGCCGCCGCGGCGCGAGUCGUUGUACAUACUCUGCUUCUCCGCCAGCGCCCUGCCUCUAGAAGACUGUCCGUGUAGUAGUUUAGUGUACAGACUUGUAAACAGCUGCCCUCCUCUCAGCUCCGACUAGUCUCCAUAGCCUUUGUCUUUUAUUUUUAACUGCUCAUUUGUAAAGUCGUCCUGAUCUUUCCUAGCUUUUAACUAUUAGAAACUUUAAUAGUUUUUCCUUUGAGUUUGUGAGCUCUUCUCCCUGUAGCCCUGAAGGGUCACUGUAUUCUGUAUGAAUGCAUGGCAUGAUACAACUAAUUUAAGAGUCUUUUAUAAAUAAAGUUUGCAUUAACUAGAA